GUUUUCAUGCCUUGGAAGUUCGAAAUGUAAAACAAAUUGAUUAAACAAUAUUAAUAACUUUCCUGUUCAUUUAAAAAACUUUAAAUCACUUAAUUACAACACGUUUGACUUGAACAUAUCGCAGACAUUGGAGCAGUAAAAUGGAUAAAGAUACAGCAAAUAAUAAUCAUCUGGAUCAUUAUAAUGAGAAAGAGAAGCUGUUCAUGAUGACAUUGGAUACAUUUGUGUUUACAAAGCGAAUCAUACAGUAUAAAGAAAAUAACAAUAAAAUAAAUAAACAAUUUGCUACAAUUCUGUAUGAUGCAAUGAGCGAAAUCGAGUCAUUUAUACAAAAUGCUGAAAUCGAAGAAGUUGAUGACGACGUUAAUAAUGUUAAAAAUGUUAUACCGUCAAUUGAAAGUUCAGUGUUGCAAGCUCAUCAAUAUUUUUACUGUAAAGCGUGCAAUCUGUCUGUAAAGUCUUCAAAUAAGGCACUCAACGAACAUUUUUAUUCUCCAAAGCAUUUAAAGAAUUUAAGAAUUCUGUCUGCAAAAAUGGACAAUGGAAAUCAAAAGACAAAGAGUAGAGCAGAAAAUGGUCCAACAAACAUCGAUAAAAAUCAAGAGGGAUCUACACAAAGCCUUAAUAGUCUCGACGAUCAUCCACCAAAAAGUUCUCCUAAGAAGGAACGAUUAAAUUCAUUGCCAGCCAGAGUUCGUGACAUUCUACCAAAAGAUAACAUGCCUAAAAAGAUGCGUGAUUUCUUGAUCAAUUACGAUAUCGAAACUUUCGCUAUGGGAUUAGUUAAAGAAGCACAACUAGUUCAGAAUAGUCAAAAACAUGUACGAGUCUGUGAUAUGCUAAGAAGAAGAUUAGUAGGUCGUUACCCAAACGUCAAAAUUCACCCAUUUGGUUCCUUCAUUAAUGGUCUUGGACAUGAGAAAACAGAUUUGGAUAUAUUUAUUGAUACUGAGAAUUGCUUUUAUGGAAAGCUAAGUAAGAGGAAGAUGAAGGAUGCAAUCUUUCAAACACAACGUAUUUUGUCAAAUGGACAGGAUCAAUGGAUUGACUUUGAACCGAUUAUUAAGGCACGAACACCAAUUCUUCGAGUGUUUUGUAGUGUUGAAAAAAUUGACUGUGAUCUUAGCUUUUCGAAUGGCUUAAGUACCGCAAAUACAGCACUAAUUUCUUAUCUGAUUAGUUUGCAGCCAGUUCUUAAGAAAUUGGUAUUAUUCAUCAAAUUUUGGGCAAUGAGACUAAAUCUUGGAACUAAUAGCUAUCUAUUGACAUUAAUGGUUAUAUUCUAUCUGCAACAAGAAAUGGUUUUGCCUCCUAUUUCAUUAUUACAAGAUGCUGUGCCACCAACAUACAUUGAAGGAUGGAAUACAGCUUUUGCAACACCAACUUUGGUCCAAUUAAAGGCACAACCAGCCACAGAUUUUCGACGUUAUUUAACUGGAUUCUACAAGUACUAUGGACAUAGUUUUGACUUUACAAAUCACAUCAUUUGCAUACUGACUGGACAUAAAGUUCCAAAACAUAUCUUUGAUCAUGGAAAGGAACAACAACUACCUCAAGUCUUUCGACCAUUCGUCACUUACAUGUCGAAAAUUAAUUUGGAAGAAGCAGAUGAAGUUGAAGACUUAUUUGCUAAUUAUAAGCCGCUAGUCAUUCAAGAUCCAUUCGAUUUGGUCCAUAACGUCAGCAAAGGUAUUCAGGAACAGAAGCUUAUGAAGAUCAUUCACUACAUGCGUACUACUUACGACUUAUUAACGAAUGCAAAAGCUUAGCUUCAUACAAACAUUUAUUUCAUAUUAUUUUUUUUUGAUUCCUUAUCAGCAGUUCCAGUUGUAAAAUUUGCAUUCUGUAUGACAAUUGAAAGAUAAUAUUUUUUAUUAAAAUGAUUAUAAACAGCAACAAGUUAAAUAAUAAUAAUAAAAAUUGAUGAUAAGUUGAUGAUGAU